AAAGACUGCUAUAAAUUACUGUCUCUCGUCGCGCGGAAGCUAACCCCGUAGCCAACCUCAGCCCUCUUCACUACCCGGCACACAGUUUAUCCUCUCGGUCCAGCAGCACCUCCGCGCCAUGGCCUCCUCAUACCCUAAGAGGAAGCUCGGCGACGAAAUGGUUUCCGCCCAAGGCCUAGGAUGCAUGGGCAUGAGCGGAGCCUACACCAGCUACGGUAAAGUUACCGACGAGGAGUCUUUGCAGGUUUUGACUAGAGCCGCCGACAUUGGAAUCACCUUCUGGGACACUAGUGAUCUAUACGGUCCGCACACUAAUGAGAAGUUGCUUGGUCGCUGGUUCAAGGAGACGGGUCGACGCAAAGAGAUCUUCCUCGCGACCAAGUUCGCCGUCAUCAUGGGCCCGAAUCGGUCAAUGACCGUGCGCGGUGACAGAGAGUACGUUAAGCAGGCCUGCCAGGACAGCCUUGAGCGGUUGGGUGUCGACCGGAUCGAUCUUUAUUACCAGCACCGUGUGGACCCGAACACGCCCAUCGAAGAAACGGUAAAGGCGAUGGUAGAGCUGAAAGAUGAAGGCAAGAUCAGGUACCUUGGUCUAUCCGAAUGCUCAGCCCGGACUUUGCGCCGUGCAUGCGCCGUGCAUCCCAUUGCGGCGGCACAGAUGGAGUACUCUCCCUUUGCGCUCGAGAUUGAGGACGCGCAGACCGAGUUCCUCAAGACAGCGAAUGAGUUGGGAGUGGCACUCGUGGCUUACAGUCCGCUCGGAAGAGGCUUCUUGACAGGUACCAUCAAAUCUCGUGACGACUUCGACCAGGGCGAUGGACGCCUCUUCCACCCUCGCUUUAGUGAGGCGCACUUUGGUGAGAAUCUGAAGCUUGUGAACACACUCUCCGACAUCGCUAGUAGAAAAGGUUGCACGACCGGGCAGUUGACGCUUGCUUGGCUCAUGGCGCAGGGCGACAACAUCAUACCGAUUCCGGGAACGAAGCGUAUCAAAUACCUCGAGGAGAACGCGGGUGCGGCGAAUGUGCAUUUGACCAAAGAGGAGAUCCAGGAGUUUCGGCAUGCGAUUGAGAGUGUCGGGGGAGUGAAGGGAGAGCGGUACCCUCCUCAGGUCUUGGCCACGUGUUUUGCUGAUUCCCCGGAGCUUAAGGCAUAGCCUGCCCAUGCACAUCUAAACCAACGCUCAGAAUGCGCUUAUCGCGUC